AUGGUGAGCCAGACCGAGCCGGGCAAGCUCUUCCCGCUGUGCGAGACAGACUAUUUCCGGCGUCUUGACCUCCUCUGUGUCAAGUGCGGCCGAGCACUGCGCGGCAGUUACAUCACAGCGCUUGGUGCCAAGUACCAUGUCGAGCACUUUACAUGCUCCGUGUGUCCUACCGUAUUUGGCCCCGACGACAGCUAUUACGAGCACGACGGCCGUGUCUACUGCCACUACCACUACAGCACACGCUUUGCGAUCCAAUGCACUGGCUGCAACAUCGCGAUAUUGAAACAGUUUGUCGAGAUUAACCGCAACAACGCAGAUGAGCACUGGCACCCCGAGUGCUACAUGAUCCACCGCUACUGGAAGAUUAAGCUGGGCCAAAGCAGCGGCGCGACGGCCCGCGACGACACAGACGAGCCGCUGCGUAUGCCCGGCGCACUCAGUCUUUCCUCCGAGCCUUUUUCGUCGCCCAGCUGCAACCCCGAGAACCUCUCUGUGGAUGUGCUGCGCCUCGAAGCGAAAGAGACGCCCGCGUCGCUGCUGGAGCAACAGCGUGUGAUGGAGGUGCGCGUAUUUACCAUCUGGCGUGUGCUCUCCGCAUUUGAAGAGUCGUCUGCCGCGUGCAUCUCCGACAUGCUGCGCCAUGUGAGCAACGGCAAGUACCUCGGCGGCGUCAUGCAUGCUGGGCGCUUUGUCCUGCACGUUGAAGUGCUCUUUUCCGCGAUUGACGAGCUGGAAGUGCAGUUCCAACAGGCGCAGGCAAAGCCCAUCCAGUACGUCCGCGAAGCGCGCAUGCUCUGCAAAAAGAUCGUCAACUUCUUCUCGCUUUUUUCGCACGCGCAAGAAACCGGUGCACAGCGCAUGGGCAUUACGCAGGAGCUGCUGUCGCUGGUGACAGGCCUUGCACACUACCUCAAGAUCCUCAUCCGCAUCUCGCUUACCGGCGCGCUGCGCCUGGACCAAGAGUACGGGAAGCCGGGCGCGCUUGAUGCGUUCCUCGGCAAGCUCGACGAGCUUGUGAUGCAGCUGCAGCAGGCCCCGAGCGUCGGCGAAGUGCACGACGUGGAUACGGAUACCAUCCACGGAUACAGUAGCCUGCCGCAUAUCCGUAUGGCGCCCGGGCUCUCUGCGCCUGAAGCCGCGUCGGAUCUCUGUGCGCAGUGUGGCCAUACGGUAGAAGAAGAGUGUGUGCGCGCUGGCAUUCCCUCGCGCUGGCACUGGGGCUGCGUGCGCUGCGCCAAGUGCCAGCGCGGCCUGCUCAAGCCCGACGGCCAAGCAGCAGCGCCGCCGCGGCACGCCGAGCAGGUGUACAGUGACGUGCCGAACCCCGUCAAGGUCAGCGCGCUGCGCUACCGCACGAUGCGGCGCACGCACUCCGAGCAUAGCAAGCACGGGAGCACGGCAUACUAUGCGUACUGCACGACGUGCACGCCAGCGGACGCCAAGUCGCACUUUGUGCAAGUCACACGCCUUGAGCAGUAUGCUUUCUUGCUCUGUGUUGCGCUGAACCGGCUCCAUACGCUGCUGAUGAAGCGCCACGGGGAGCCGAGCGACCCCCAGGCCACGUCGCGCCUGUCUGUGGCGAGCAGCGAGAGUGCCGAGCUGACAGCGCAAGAGUCGAGCACGUAUCGCAAGUCGGUCGAGAUGAAGCGAAUUGAGAGCAUGUAUUUGGACCGCCAUACGUCGAGCAAGGCCAAGAUACCGCACUUUUCCACCGUUGUCGGCAGUCCGAGUGCGUACCGCACCGCGCAAGCGAACGAUAAAGAGCACGAUGCGUUCCGGGACACGGUGCCGAAUCCGUGGGGCAAUGUCCAUACGCCGGGCUCGAUUGUGCCUAUCCGUGCGCCGUUUACGCGGCACAAUAGCGAUGUGCUUGUGCGUGAAGACGGCCAAAAAGACACCGCGUCCGAGUCGCAUCUCAGCCUGCGCCACUCGACCGACGAAGGCAUUACGCUUGCCGACAUUCCCAUGAUUUUGCAAGCCGAGCAGGACCGUGUGCAGCGCGGCGAGCCCGUGGAAAGGAAAGCGGAGCGCACGCCGAUCAGCGCGCUGGCGCCUGAGGCGCUGUAUGUGCUAAAGCACCUUGCGCUGCUGUACCUGCAAAAAUCGCCGCUUGCGGCGCACGUUGCCGAGGACGAUUUGCUGGAGCUGGUCGAAGUGCGCAAGAACACGCUCUGGGGCAAGCUCUUCAAGCCGAACAACCGCCGCGACGUGCGCAAAAAAGGCACCUUUGGCAUCUCCCUCGAGUGGCUUGUGGAGCGCAGCGGUGCGGACUCGACGCUCGGCGCGACGCCUGCGCCGAUGCGUGUGCCUUCGAUUGUGGACGAUAUCGUGAGUGCCAUGCGCCAAAUGGACGUAUCGGUCGAGGGCAUCUUUCGCAAGAACGGCAAUGUGCGGCGGCUGAAAGAUCUUGCCGAGCAACUCGACCGCGAAACGGACGCGGCGAAUCUGCUCGACGACAAUCCCGUGCAGCUUGCCGCGCUGUUAAAAAAGUUUUUCCGCGAGCUGCCGGAUCCGCUGAUGACCGUGCGGCUGUACCGCACAUUCAUUGCCGCGCAGCAAAUCGAGGAAGAGGCGGAGCGCCACCGCCUGCUGCAGUAUGUCGCGCUGCUAAUGCCCAAAGCGCACCGCGAUACGAUGGAGGUCCUCUUUGUCUUUCUCCGCUGGGUCGCCUCCUUUUCCUAUGUCGACGAGGAGACCGGCAGCCGGAUGGAUUUGCCGAAUUUAGCGACGGUGAUGUGCCCCAAUAUUCUCUACACACGCAGCGCCGAAGUGACGCGUGGCGAUGCGGUGGUUGCGAAUCGCGUCGUGUGCCACCUGCUCGCGCACCAGGACGACUUUUGGGUCGUGCCGAAAGAAAUGGAGCCCAUUCUCCAGGACCGCGCAUUGAUCAGCGCCGCACAGGACCUCGGCGCACAGGAGCUGAUGAAACGGUGCCAGGCAUAUGCGAAAUGA